UAAUAUAAUAUCUUGGUUUCAUUGGCUUCUAAAUCUAAUACAGUAUUUGGUUUUAUUGACCUUUAAUGUGUAUCAAAGGUUGCUAUAAAGUUUUGAAUAUAUUUUUCAAGCUGAAAAACGGGUUUAUUCAAAAAAUAAAAAAGGAUACUGCAUGAAAAGUGAAAAUGACUAUUGGAAUUCAUGCACCUAACUUAGAGAAGAAAAAAUCAAGGAAGAACAAGACAACUAUUGAUGUAAAUGCACCUUUGUUACCUAAGACACAGGAAAGUGAUGUUAAGUUUGAUGAAUUUAAUGGAGCUUCAUUUUCUGGUGCUGUUUUCAAUUUAUCAACCACAAUUAUUGGUGCUGGAAUUAUGGGAUUGCCUGCAUGUGUGAAAAAGUUAGGGAUGGUGCCUGGUCUUAUUGUCAUAGUCCUAACAGCUUUAUUGACAGAGAAGUCAAUUGAUUUCAUAAUCAGGUUUUCUAGGGCAGGGAAACUUUCUUCCUAUGGAAAUCUUAUGGGAGAUGCCUAUGGGAAAUACGGAAAAGCGUCGUUGGAGAUAUGUGUUUUAACUACCAUCGGUAGUCUGAUCAUGUACAUGAUCAUUAUUGGUGAUGUGAUUUCUGGAACAACUUCAAGUGGAAUUCACCAUGCUGGUGUCCUUGAAGGAUGGUUUGGUGUCCAUUGGUGGACCGGGCGUACAUUUGUUAUUACCUUCGCAACAUUUGUUGUGGUUGCACCUUUGGUCAGCUUUAAGCGGAUUGAUUCAUUGAGAUUCACGUCUGCAUUGUCAAUUGGAUUAGCAGUUCUUUUCCUUAUCAUUGCCGUAGGGAUCUCAAUUAUCAAGAUUAUUAGCGGCGGCAUUGGGAUGCCAAGACUCUUCCCGGUCAUUACUGAUGCAGCUUCAGUUUUCGAUCUAUUCACUGUAGUUCCUGUGCUGAUGACAGCAUAUGUAUGUCACUACAAUGUUCAAAGCAUAGAGAAUGAACUGGAGGAUUCCUCACGGAUACGUGGGGUUGUGCGUACGUCCCUUACUCUAUGCUCUUCGGUGUACUUACUGACAAGCUUCUUUGGGUUCCUUCUAUUUGGUGAAGGAGUUCUUGAUGAUGUUCUUGCCAAUUUUGAUACUGAUCUUGGAAUUCCCUUCGGUUCUGCGCUCAAUGAUGCUGUUCGUUUGAGCUAUGCUGCGCAUCUUGUGCUUGUAUUUCCUGUAAUUUUCUAUGCGUUGAGGCUCAACGUAGAUGGUCUGAUAUUUUCCUCAUCAAGAAGGCCUUUGGUUGUUGAUAACUUAAGAUUUUCAUCAGUUACUAUUGCCCUUGUUCUCAUUAUCUUCCUCGGAGCAAAUUUCAUACCGAACAUUUGGGUUAUUUUCCAGUUCACUGGAGCAACAGGUGCUGUCUGUAUAGCAUUCAUAUUUCCAGCUGCAAUCGCUCUGAGGGAUCGAUACAACAUAGCAACUAAAACAGACACGAUUCUGGCUAUCCUUAUGAUAGUGCUAGCGGUUUUGUCAAAUGCUGUGGCGAUAUACAGUGAUGCUUAUGCUUUGAUCAACGAGAAGAAAGCAUAAUGUGAGUGAUUUCUUGAUUUGAUAGCUUACAAUACAUAUAUUUCCAAACUUUCAGAUUAAAGGAACAUAGCUACCAUGUGUACAAAUAUUCUUCAAAAGUGUGUGAAGGCCUGCAACAUGUUCAACCUUGUUUAUAAUAGAGUAGGGAUAUUUGAACAUCGCAAGUCUGACGCCGUAUAUGGAUGUGGUAUGUAAACACGCUCAACUCAACUGCCGACAUGACUGAGCGAAAGAAAAUAAAUAAAAAUACCAAAUUGUAUAUUUAUAAUAUACGGUGUCCGACACCAUAUUUGUUGUCAAUAUUUAAUUCUCUUGUAAUAUGAUCUUUAAUGUUGUAAAUGUAGAGGUUCUUAUUGAAUGUGCCUCCAUUUCCCAGACUUCAUAUCCUUUAUAACUGCAAGUGAGGUAUUUGCUGGCACUUGUAUACAUUAUUAUUUGUUGGGCUUCAUCACAAAAA